AUGCAGCCACGAUUUGCACCCGUAUUGACGAGGCGGCAGGUGGCGGAGAGACAAAGCAACGAGGACAAAGGAAAUGCGAAAGAAAUUAAGUAUGUAGAAGGAAACGGCGGGAACUUGGCAAAGCAGAAUACGAGGAAGAAGGAACAGGAGGGAACAGGGGCGCAAGAACCUAUCGGGUGUGGCGUUCUCCCGGAUGGAAAGAUCUACCGGCGGGAUGUCUCUGACGUGACGACAAAGGAAAAGCGGGGAAGAAGUCGGGUGUGGGGAAGAGGUGAGGAGGGUGUAUACAUGCAGUGA